AUGCAAAAUAGCCAGGCAGACUCCGCAAAUAUUGGGGACAGUGAUUCACCGGCUCCUAGCGCAGGCAACGAGGUGUUCUUUGAAGCAAUCUCUCCCACGAUUCAACAACAACCAACCGCUAGCAUCGACAGGGUAGAGCGAUUGGAGUUGCCUCCCUUUUGGACCAAACAAGUUCAUUUUUGGUUCGCGGCAAUCGAAGCGCAAUUCCAGCUAAAAAGAAUUACAUCCGACACAACCAAAUACCAGGCGGUAAUCGCCCGGCUUGACCAGGACACGCUCGUCAUCGUCGAACAUAUCAUCUUUAACCCACCGGAAGCCGAUAAGUAUGCCGCAAUCAAGGAUACGCUAGUGAACCAUUUUUCAAUUUCAGAAGAGCGUCGCCUGAAAAUGCUACUUUCGGGCUUGGAGUUAGGGGAUCGACGACCGUCCGAGUUACUGGCAGAAAUAAACCGUCUUGGCGGUAAACAUUUAGAUUCCACUUUCGUGCGCGCUAUCUGGCUGGACCGGCUUCCGCAAUAUAUUCAGGUAGCCCUCACUGCUUCAGACGACAACGACAACAACCAACUUGCGCAACUAGCAAAUAAGCUGAUCGAAAUCAAGCACGACCCCGAUAGUCGGUACGUAAUGCCCGUCGCUCGUAAGUCAAGCGACGCAAUGCAAUCGCAGCUAGAUGAAUUAGCAAAACAAAUGCGUAAGCUGACUCAGGCCAUGGAAAAGGAGGUUGCUCGUCGGACACACGUACCAUUGCGCACCAGCCCCACGGAUACUUCGUCAGCCUGUUUUUACCAUCGCAGAUUUGGCGCUAAAGCCAACAAAUGCACUCAACCAUGCACAUGGGGGUCGGUUCAGGGAAACGCAGAAGACUCCCAGUAG